UCCAAUUCCAACUCCAAGACUAGACCGCUACCUAAAAUUACUCUAAUCUGAAUGAAUGUGUGCAGCUAUACAUAAACCCAAACCAAAUUGAAUUUUGUCAACUCUUAGGGAGAGAGAGGAGAGGGGUAGUAUUUUGUCAAAGUUCAAUAUUUGAAAAAGAGAGGAGGACCAAUAGAACAGGGGAAUAGACCAAUAGAACAGGGGAAUAGACUGGGGUUGGUGGGUGUGUGAGAGAGACUCAGAAUCUGUAGUAAGUAGUGUUGCAAACACAACAGAACAGCGCAGAGCAGAGAAGAGAAAUUGAUCGUCCUCUACACUGCCAAUUCCAAUACCCAAAUCUCUCCUCCAUCCCCAAACCUCAUUUCUUUCUUUCCUUGCGAAUACCCAAAAUGUCGUCGUCCUUGACCACCACCACCACCACCACCAGCAAUGCCAUCCGCUUCCGCACUCCGCCCUCUUCCGCCACUUUCCCUCUCAAAUCUCUCCUUUUCAAACCCACCCCAACCCCACCCCUCUUUCCUUCUCUCCGCGUUUCUUCCUCUCAUUCCUCCUUCACUGCUUCUCCCUCCACCACCGCUGAUUCCGCCAUGGACGCUGUCCAGAGACGCCUCAUGUUCGAAGACGAAUGCAUAUUGGUUGAUGAAAACGAUCAGGUCGUCGGCCAUGAUACUAAAUACAACUGCCACCUGAUGGAAAAGAUUCAGUCUGAAAAUUUGUUGCAUAGAGCUUUCAGUGUGUUUCUGUUUAACUCAAAAUAUGAGUUAUUGCUUCAGCAACGUUCUUCAACAAAGGUAACCUUUCCCUUGGUGUGGACGAACACCUGCUGCAGUCAUCCACUGUUCCGAGAUUCUGAGCUUAUCGAAGAGAACGCUCUUGGGGUGAGAAAUGCUGCUCAAAGGAAGCUGUUGGACGAACUGGGUAUCCUUGCUGAUGACGUCCCAGUUGAUCAGUUUAUUCCAUUAGGCCGCAUACUUUACAAAGCACCGUCGGAUGGAAAAUGGGGCGAGCAUGAACUGGACUAUCUUCUUUUCAUCAUACGUGAUGUCCGGGUGCAGCCAAAUCCAGAUGAGGUAGCUGAUGUCAAAUACGUGAAUCGCGAGCAAUUGAGAGAGCUGAUAAGAAAAGCUGACGCUGGGGAGGGGGGCCUGAAGCUUUCCCCAUGGUUCAGACUAGUUGUGGACAACUUCUUGUUUCAGUGGUGGGAUCAUGUCGAGAAAGGGACUCUAAGGGAAGCGGCUGACAUGAAAACCAUCCACAAGUUAUAACUCGACACAGGCUGCAAAGCCAAAGAUAUCUAAUUACAUAAUUAAUAAUGCUGGUUUGGCAAGAAACACGCUGAUGGUUUUGGAUAUGCUUCAAUUCAUGAUAUUUGUCUUGGCAUUGCAAUAAGCUUUUCCGAAACUUGAUAAACAACUUUUGUUUGUGCACAAGUACAAAAGGUCACCCUGUA